AUGCACUACCAAUUACAUGCGACUCAGAGCUUGGCGUUUUUGAAUACGAGAGAGGAGAUAUCUGCUGUUAUCGCUGCAUUUCUGGAGCCUGACUUCCUAAAUCCAUUACGAGAACCUGUAGAAAACGAUGCGAACAAGACGAUCGUCAAUUCCACCAAAGGACUCUACCCUCUAAUUUAUAAUCUAAAAAAAACGGUUUUAGAGUUACCGGGAUUAUCACCUCAACCCGCAAUCUUCAACGCGUCAGUCGAUUGCGAGUUAAUAAAAGAUGCCUUGUAUGACGGCGAUCUAUCAACAGUUGUCAACAUUCUGACCAAUAGAUUGUAUGACCAACGACUUGAGAUUGCUCAUUUGUACAAAACGAAGUAUGGCAAGAUUUUGAAAGAGGAGCUCGUGGGUCACGAUCUGAUAAUUGCUUUAGUUGUCUCAACUCCCGUCUUUUACGCCACAGAGCUGCAUAAUGCCAUGAUGGGCACUGGGACCGACGAAGACGUCUUAAUCCAAAUUCUUUGCACUUUGAACAACAAGCAAAUCUUAUCUGUUAUCGACGCUUACGAAUCUGAACGUGACGAAAGGAAAUUUACUGAUUGGAAUAAAGCUGAUACCGACGCGAGUCGUCUUUACGGUGCAGGUGUCGAAAUAGUGGGCACCAAUGAAAAGGUCUUCUAUGAUAUCUUAUGUACACGGAACUACAACCAGUUGAGAUUCAUCUUCCUGAAGUACUACGCAUUACCUAAAGAUCAGAAAAUUGAAGACGCCAUAGAAGAAGAGUUUUCGGGAUAUGCUAAAGAGGGGCUCUUGACAAUCGUUGCCGUCGCUAAGAACCUUCCAGGAUACUUUGCCGAAAAAAUACAUCACUGCAUGUAUGCAAAUGAGAAGAGGCACGAACAAUUGAUCAGGAUCAUUAUUCCCAGAUCUGAAACAGACAUGAUGGGUUCCAUCAAGGAGGAGUAUUCUAAAAUGUAUAAUAAGAGUUUGGAGUUUGAUAUUACUGAACACACUAAAGGUUUGUUUCGGAAAGCAAUGCUUAACCUGCUUCAUUGA